AUGGCGUCAAGCAACAGCGUGAAGAUGAAGUUGAAGCUGAUUGUGGACAAGAAGAGAAACAAGGUGAUUUACGCAGAGGCCCAAAAGGACUUCGUGGACCUGCUGAUCUACCUCCUCUCCCUCCCCUUAAGCGCUGUGGUAAAGUACUUGGACAGUACAACCGUCCCAGGCAGCAUAGGAAAGCUCCACCGCAGCGUAGACUCGAUCAUGAAGGCGGGCUACAUAAAGCCUUCGCACGAUGAUAAGAAGCACUUGACAGCUGCUGGUUAUAGCUCCAUCCUCGUCCCUCACUUGCUGACCCAUGUCCCCAUUUUACCCCGCUUGACCUCUGCUUCACCAGGCGCCGUGACUAGAACGCUCUACAAUUGUCAGAAAAACCACAGGCAUGUGAAGGAAAUGGCAGCCUCCGUCUGGUGCAUGUACUGCGGGACAGAGAUGAACACUGAAGUGGAGUUCUCCGAGUCUUCGUCGACUCGGGUCGUGGUGGAGGCGGACUACGUGAAGGACAUGGUGCCCUACAUGGUUGCUGACGACUUGUCGGUCUCGCCUCUGAAUUCUGCUUCUGUUUUUGCUUCUCUCGAUGGCUGCCACCCGGGAGACAUGGUGGAGGAGAAGGAGGUUCAGUUCGGGUCUUCUGAGGUGAUCUCAAUUUAUGACUUGCUCUGCAACUGUUUGAAUGCUUUCUUGCAUUCCAAGGAACCUCUCACUGCCGUGUUUCUGAAGCCAAAGUGA